CCAAACCCACAGCAACCUCUGGGAUUCGGACCCGUACUCUCGACAUUGGUACUUAGCAAACUGUUACCGACGACCGCGCUUAACUUCUCCGAGUUGUGGCAUUCCUCAGCACUUUCAGUAUGAGCCUGCGUCAUGUCGUCACGACCUCGUUAUAUGAAUGUUCUCAAAUUCCAGUAUAUCUACAAUGCUAUGACAUCUGAGACCCUUGAGCACACGUCUGGCUGUAUGUGGAACGCUAUUCUCAACCUAUACUUCCCCCAGGACGAGUUCAUCAUCACCCCAAAUUCCCGGCCUGCCGAUUCGGUCAAGACAAGGGCAGACUUUACCAUCUACAGUGUGAUGGGCGCCGACAAAACGCAGCUCGUGGUUCUGUUUGAAGACAAGCGUACCUUCAACGAGACGAUAAAUGCCUCCUGCGAAGAGGGUAUCGGACAACUGACCGACUACAUGAUCCAAUCCCGAAAGGUGGACACGGAGAGCCGGGAAAUCGCGGGCCUUCCGCCUUACGACAUGUACGGCAUAUUGAACGUGGGCAGCUACUCGCACAUUUACAUGUUGAAAUCGGAUGGCACCACGCUCCAACGUCUGUCAAACAGCGGGAACCAGGAGGCUCUCCAUUUUAAGGACGACGAGUUGGAGAUUGUCGCAAUCGUCAAAGAGCUUGUCAGGAAGUCUCUGCCUCACGGUUUCCUCUCGUCUCCGUACUCGCCAUCAUUCUUUUCCUCUUCGUCGUCGUCUUCCGCUGGGGCUUCUCGGCAGGCCAGUCCCGCCGCCGGUUCUCGCCUUGGUUGAUCACACAAGAGAAGCCGCACCACAUGGCUAGGCUCCUAGGUACCUAUAGAACGGAGGGACCAAAACAAAGAGAGCGAGCGGAAAACGGCGUAAAUAGCGGUGCAUUUGUAUCUACAACGAAUGCAACGUCAUGAGCGGGAUGAUUCUGGCUAAAGCAGCCUGAGUCCGAUGGCUUCACUCGCGCGCAGAAUGUGGGCAGCGCCUUGUCGGGUUCCCAAUACUCCGGAUACCAACCGCUUAAUUCACAGUUAAUCAACAUGGUCACUCAAGUUCUUGAUGAUGCUGAUUGUGCCCCAGAGCACAAAGCCCUCGAGCAGAC